GAGGGCACAAGUCAGUUGACGAAAUCUUUGGAAUUUUGCUGAAAUGCCGGAACCGAAAUCUGCUCCUGCGCCGAAGAAAGGCUCCAAGAAAACCGUUUCGAAGAGCCAAGCCAAGGGUGGAAAGAAGCGUAGAAAGACCAGGAAGGAAAGCUAUUCUAUCUAUGUGUACAAGGUUCUGAAACAAGUUCAUCCUGAUACGGGGAUUUCUUCUAAGGCAAUGGGAAUUAUGAAUUCGUUUGUGAAUGACAUCUUCGAGCGCAUUGCUGGUGAGGCUUCUCGUCUCGCUCACUACAACAAGCGCUCCACCAUUUCCUCUCGGGAAAUCCAGACUGCUGUGAGGCUCCUACUACCUGGAGAGCUGGCUAAGCACGCCGUCUCUGAGGGCACCAAAGCAGUUACCAAGUACACCAGCUCCAAAUAAACUGCAAGACUGCUCCUAGAAAUACAAAGGCUCUUCUAAGAGCCACC